AGUAGGCGCCGUCGUCUCUGGACAGUCUCAAGGCGGCGGGGGGAAUUCUGUUUCUCCCCAGAGCAGCUAUGAGCAAGCGGAACCAGGUGUCGUACGUGCGGCCAGCCGAGCCGGCGUUCCUGGCCCGCUUCAAGGAACGGGUCGGCUACAAAGAAGGGCCCACCGUAGAAACCAAGAGAAUCCAGCUUCAGCUCCCAGAUGAAGAUGGUGAUCACAGUGACAAAGAAGAUGAACAGCCCCAAGUGGUGGUUUUAAAAAAGGGAGACUUGUCAGCUGAAGAAGUCAUGAAAAUUAAAGCAGAAAUAAAGGCUGCCAAAGCAGACGAAGAACCAGCUUCAGCUGAUGGAAGAAUUAUGUAUCGAAAACCAGUCAAGCGUUCCUCAGAUGAAAAGUAUUCUGGUUUAACAGCAAGCUCAAAAAAGAAGAAAACAAAUGAAGAUAAAAUAAAUAAGCAGGAAUCAGUUAAAAAGAACUCACAAAAGCAAAUCAAAAACAGUAGCCUCCUUUCUUUUGACGAUGAAGAUGGAAAUGAAGAAGUCAGAACCUCACUUUGGAUAAGGGAGAUGAUCAUGUGCCUAGUUACCAGUACUUCCCCAGCUCCUACUGAGGGUAGCCAUGUGACAGCUCUGCUAAGUUAAGAGAUACAAGUGGAUCUUGAACAAGUAAGGAUCUAAUAUGGGUGACCAUGUUACAAGUUAGGAUCUACUGUAUCACAUGGUGACUAUAAUUGAUUACACAGUUGAAAAAAAAAAGAUACAAGUGGAAGUCUGCUUACUAGGUUUUCUGAUACAAAAGGAUAGAUCUGGCAAGCAUGAACCUUUGUCCUCUCUCCAUCUUGCCUGGAGCACAAACAUGAAACCAAGAAGUACCAGAGCCAUUUUGGGACAUGAAGAUGAUGGCCACUUGUUCUGGGUGGUACAGUGGAAAGACUCAGCUUGGAUUGUGAUGGCAUGCUUGGAGGAGCUGCUGCACCAGCCUUGGACUUACUGAUACAUGAGGAUAAACACCCUCUUAGUUAAGCCUGUCAGAUUUUUGUUACAUGCAGUCUGAUGACACAGUGGCAGAACGAGUGUGCACAGAAACCUCCAAGUGUAUUUCUAAUGAUUUCCUUAGAAUGAGUUGUUGGAAGCAGAAUUACUGAAUCAAAGUAUCUGAAUAUUUCUAAAGUUUUUGAUGCUUUCAAAUUGCUUUCUAGGUAGUUUUUACCAUUUUAUUCAUACCAUCUACAAGAGCCCAUGUCACCUCAUCCAUGAUAACAGCGCACCACCCUUGAGCUGGAACCAGCCUUUUCAUUUUUGUCAAUUUGAUGCAUUGAAAAUGGUGUUUAAUAGUUAAUGACUGGCAUUUUUUUUAAUUGACCAGGGAAGUGAAACUGUUUUUCAUGUUACCUAACCAUUUUCCUCAUUACUGCAGGUCAACCAAAACUGGAGACUUGUCAAGAUCCCAUUCUUCACCAGCCAGAAAUUAGGAAUUUCAGAGAUUCCAUGUUAUGAAUUUGGCGCCACAUCUGUCUCUCAGCCAUUUUAAGACCUAGUGUAAAGAAUCCUCAAAAGUGAUUCAUGUGAGUAGGCUAGCGAGUCCUGAAAUAGGCUCUGUAAAUUACACACACUAGUCCUGAAGCUGUACUACCUUUAAUGUAUACUCACUUGGGACAAGCCAGGGUUUUUUCUAAUCUGCAUCAUUGCUAUAUCUAUUCUUGUACUAACACCCCACUGCUUUAAUUACUGUAAGUCUUAACAGUACCUAACAUAAUUAAGAGCAAAAUAAAUAGAGUUAGAAUGAACGAGUAUUUCUCUGAUUUUUUUUAAAACAGGCCAGUGGUCUCAAAGUGUGGAUCCUGGAGAAGCAGCAUCAGCACCCCUGGGAACCUAAAGGUGCAAACUUGCAGGCCUUGCCUGAGAAUCAGAAAUUCUGGGUGUAGGGCCCAGCAUUCUCUGUAACAAGCCUGCCAGGUGAUUCUGAUGCUCACUCAAGCUUGAGAAAUACUGAUAAAGACUGUUAUACGGGAGAUAAGACAAAAAAUUUAAACAAGUAACAUGAAAGACUGUUUAAAAGAUCUUAAAUCUUGAGAUUUAUCAUAUUGAUGAAGUCUUUACUGUAGGUGAUAUUUCUAACAAUGUAAGUGUAAGUGUUACCAGCCAGGAAGCACACCUCGUGCUACCAAGACCAAGGUAGGGUGGCAGGUGAGAUCUGCUGAGCAGCCAUAAGAAAACUGCUUCACCUUUGUAAACUGCUUUCUAGAACAGUGGGUUCUGUUAACUGCAUAAUCUAGUUUGCUGAGAAAGGUGAAUGGGUUUGGGGCCAGAGAAGAGAGGCUAGUCCUUUUCCCUCACAAACUGCCCCCUUGCAUCUCAGGAAUGGAUCAUAUGAACAGGGCUAGACAAAUAGGCCAGUAAUGUGAUCCCAGGGCUGAGGCAGGAAUAGUAAAAAGACAAGACUGGAACAUCUUGUGCCCAAAAGGAAGGAGGUCCUCAGAGAAUAAUGGGGGCAUGUCAAAAGGACAUUAAGUGGAGGAGAAGGGAUAGGUCUUCCUUGCAGUAGAAUUCCACUUAAUAAAUGUAGGAGAAAUGAUGGAAGUAGAAGAUCACCAUUUGGCAAAUUCCACCAUAAUUAGAUGCAGAGGUCUGAAUGGCAACCUUCUAAGAGAUAGGUCCCAAUCCCUGGAAGCUGUGAAUGUUACCUCAUGUAGUAAAGUUUUUGCAGGUGUGAUUAAAUUAAGGUUCUCAAGAUAAACAGAGAAUCCUGGAUUAUCUGGGGAGGAUCCAAAAGCCAUCACUUAUUUCCUUGUGAGAGAGGCAGACAGAUUAGACAUAGACAAGACAAUGUGAAGAGAGACAGAGAAUGCUCGCAGCCACCAGAAGCUGGAAGAAGCAAGAAAAAGAUUCUCCCCUAAAGUCUUCAGAGGGAGUGUGGAUCUGCCAACACCUUGACUUCAUCCUAAAGAAACUGAUUUCAAACUUCUGGCUUCUAGAAUUCUGAGAGAAUACAUUUCUGUUCUUUUAAGCCACCAAGUUUGUGAUAGUUUGUUACAGUGGCCAUAGGAAAAAAAAAAUGCCUAAAUGGUGUUAGCAAGGUUCAUCAAAAGAUGUCAAAAUUAGUGGCCAGAAAUAUGCUGAAAAUCACUAUUUACAUAGUCUCAAAGUAUAUCUCCACCAGAGAUUACAAAAGGAAAACUAGUCAUUUACAGUGGAAAACCAGGCAGAUGCGACCUUCUCUAAAUGAUCAAAGUAACAUUACCAAUAAGAAGUCAUGCUGAUGUCAUGACCUCCCGACAUGAUGCACUGAGAAGGGCACAUCACUUCCCAAAGGCCAAGAAGAUCCCCUAGGGCCUUCCUGAUGCCCUUUUCAAGGAUGGGGCUCAAGUCCAGUACUGUAGAGGCCCAAAUCCUAUGAGCUGACAAUGGCACAGGAAUGUCAAUACAGACCUCAGGGCUCCUCUGUCAGUGUCAGUGCAAAGAUGCCUGCUUAUACUUUCUUCUGAAGAAGUUCUUUAUUCUGAGAUUAUGGGUUUCCUAUCUCUGGUGCUUCUUC